AUGCUUAACAAAAACAAUUUCUAACUUAGCGAAGAGUAGUUGAAAAUAGUCUAAUCAGAUAUUUAUUAAAACUAAAAAAUUGGAGCUUGCGCUGGCUCUGGUAAGACAACAACUCUCAUUUAUAGGGUUAAGUAUUUGAUUGAUAACAAUAUUGAACCAUAAAAAAUAAUAUUAACCACUUUCAAUGUAGAAGCAGCUUAAAAUUUAAAAAAAAAAGCAGAAUAGGUCUUAUAACCUAAUGACUUAAAAGAUUUGAAAAUAAUUAAUAUUGAUAAAUUCAUUUAUGAAAUUUAUCAAAAUUAUCUAAAAAUGAAAGAUCCCCUGUAAGUAAAAUGCAUUAAGCAAAGCUUAAAGUAUAUCAGUGGCUUAGUUUUAAAAUAUUUAACUUCUGAUUAAGGAAAACAUGUUGUGAAUUAAUAUAGUCAUUUCUUUUUUGAUGAAUUUUAAGAUAUAAAUGAUAUAUAAUAUAAUAUUCUAAUGGAGUUUUGCAAGAAUAAUUGCAAAAUAAUCGCAAUAGGGGAUGAAGCUUAGAAUAUUUAUAGCUUUAGAAACUCAAAAUUAGAAUUUAUUUAGAAAAAAAUAGAUGUAGAUGUAGAUAAUUAUUAAAAUUAAAAAAUAAAUAUCUACUAACUUUCAAUAAAUUUCAGAAGUCAAAGUAAGAUAGUAGAGUUUUGUAACUAAAUCUUAGUUAGUAUGAAAUAGUCUAAUUAAAUGAAAAGUGCAAAAUAGAGUUUAUAAGAAGAAGAAAAACCUAUUGUAAAAAUAUAUUAAAGCGAAUAAGAGUAGUAUGAAAAAAUAAUAAAAGAAAUAUAUGAUUUAGUUAAAAAAGAUAAAUACUAACUGAGUGAUAUAGCUAUUUUAAGUCCAAGAAAUGAAGAAAUAAAACAUAUUUAAGCUAUUUUAUAGAGAAAAAACUAUGAAGUAAGAAAUAAAAAUAAAUAUUAAUAAAAUGAAACCAUUAUUGAAUAAGAGCAAUAAUAAGAGGAGAUUCCAUAUAAAAUACUUAAAAAAAAUUCUAAUUUAUUAUUGCUUAAUAUAUUAGAUGAUGAUAACAGUCCUAAAUUAACAUUAAGUACAUUUCAUUGUUCUAAAGGUCUGGAGUGGAAAGUAGUUUAUAUAGUAGGAAUAAAUGAUAAAUAAUUUCCAGAAUCAUUCUUAACAAAAUCAAAUUAAUAAUAUACUGAAGAAUAAUUAAUUGAAAUUUAGAGAACUUUUUAUGUAGCUUGUACAAGGUCCAUAAAUUUUUUGAAUCUUUCAUUUGUGAACAACUAAGGUUCAAAUUAAUUUAUUUGCAGAUUUAUGAGUUAAAUAAGUGAAGAAUAUUUUUAAAAAGAAAAAAAUUUUCAUAAGAAAAAUAUUGCUAAAAUUAAUUUGGAUAAAAAACAAUUUAUUAAAAAAGAUGAAAAAUAAUUUUAAUAGAAUUUAAAGAAAAAUAAUCAUAAAGAAAGUUCUUUAUGUUAAAUCAUAUCCAAUUUCUAAUUUUGUGACUUUGAGAAAAUUAAUUAUUAUCUUCAAGAUUUAGAAAAACCUAAAAUAAAUACAAAAUUAGAUAAAUAAAAAGUUGCAUAUGUUUUAAAAGAUUUAAAACCAAAUAAUAAUUGCUAAAAUCUUAUAUCUUAUCUUGAUUUAUUAUUACAAAGGACUAUUGCUGAAAAAUUUGAUAUAAAUUCAGGAUAUCGCUUUGAAAGAGCAGAAAAAAUACUUUAUUCCAUUUAUUUGGAUAAAAAGCAGUAUGAAAUUUUUAAUACUUUUGAGAAAUAAUUUAAAGAUUAUUGUGAAAUAACUAGCAAUAAAAAAUAAUUUUUAGAAAAACUGUAAACAUAAUAUUAAACAGAAUAAGCUAAAAUAUAAAAUAUUAACAGUUCAAAAUAAGAAUUAGAAUGUAUCUAUGAUAAAAUUAAAUCAUUUUUGAAAGAAAAAAACAUAAAAUUUAAAGACAUUUAAAUUUAAGAUGAAGCCAAAAAAUACUUUCCUGAUAAUUUCCAAGAUAAAUAAUAAUUUUAUGAAUUCUAUUAAUAGUUUAGGGAUAAAUAACACAUAUUUCUUGAGUACCUUAAGAUGAGAAAAUCAGAACAACAAACACGUAAAACUUAAUUUAUAUAUGAAUUAAGUAAAUUAGAUUUAAUAUACCAACAAAAACAAGAAUGUCUUUAUAGAAGUGAUACAAAUGAUAUACAAAUCUAUCAUAAAUAUUCUUUGGUAUUUAAUAUUCAAAGAUUUCUAAAAAUUAUUGAAGCAAAAAAAAGAAAUAAUAAAGAUUUUACUAUAGAAAUCAAGAAAAAAGUAAAGGAUGAAGAUCUUUAUGGGGUUGUUGAUUUACUUGUUGAUGAUACUAUUUAUAAAUUUGUUUAUAAUUUUUCAGAAGUUUGUCCCAUUCAAAUAGCACACGAAGAUAUUAUUUAGUAGCUAGCAUAUGCUUUGAUUUUGAAUAAGCAAGGAGCUAAAAUAACAUAAAUAAGCUUCUAUAAUAUUAUAGAAGAAGAUAAGAUAGAUUAUUCAAUUCAAAAUUUUAUUGAAAAUCCAGUCAAAUCAAAGGAUUAUCUAGAGUUCUUAAAAGAAAAAGCAAAUAUUUUAAAAUAACAACCUGUAUAGUAAUAAAUAAUACAAGAAUAAAUGCCUAAUCUAAAUUUAGCAAAUGAGAUCAAUAAUUAUUAACUUUAGAGUAAUUAAAAUGAAAGCUAACUAAUUUUAUAGUUUUAAGAUAAAUUCGAAACUGAAGAUUCUUUAAAAAAUAAAUAAUAAGACUAAAAAAAUUAAAUGAAAUUAAAAAAGAAUCAGUAAAUUAACAAAGAUGUAUCUCCUAAUAACGAUUUUUUUGAUUAAAAUUAAUAAUAAUAAAAAAAUUUAAAAAAUAUGCCAUAAAAUAAUUUGGAAAAUAAGCAAUUAAAUUAAAAAGAGAAUACAAUUAGAAGUUCUUAACAGUAAAAAUAUAAUCCAAAUAUUACAAUGGUUACUAAAAGACAUAAGCAAUUUGAAUUAUAAUUCAUUAAAUGA